AUUGCCCCUAGGAGUGAAUGUGAGCAUGUGUGAAUGUCUGUCCUUAAGUGUCAGCCCGGUGGUAGAAUGGUGACUUGUCCAGGGUGGACCCAGUAUCAGCUGGGACUAGCUCCAACUCCCCAUUAUAGAGUUAUAAGUAAUAAAAAAACUACUGGACAAUAACCUGCUCUAUUCACACAAUGGCUCAAUCAUUACACAAAGUUCAAACUGACAGGGUAAGGUCCACAUAACGUUCAGGCCAGUCGAGUCAGACAUGUGCAAUCUCACAUACACCUCCUCUGGGAGUCUGGGAGUCUGGGAGUGUCCGAGCUGCUGUCAGUCUGCAGUGGUUUCAGUGAAGAGCAGAAGUCGUGUGGCGUCCCAACAUUAGUGAGAGAUAAUAAAUAUGUCACCAAAAUGAAGGCAGAACAGAAAUUAGGUGCAGCCUGUGUUUGUGUAUGCGCAAUUAUGUCUUGUGCCGGUUGCUGUCUCCAGUGUAACCUGAGCUGCUCUGUAUUAAUAAAUAAUGCACCUGGACCAGUCAGCUCUUGAGGUAGGUAGCACCAGUGUAUUCUGUUAUUUGCCCUCCAAAGGACAGAUACAAACAAACACACACAGGAACAACAGAACAGCACACAACACCACUGGUGAUACUCUGACUCUUUCCAGGUUCAGGAUUCAUUCUCAGGGUUUUAGGAUUUUGCUGUGUCACCUGGAGCAACUUUAAUCAUGAAUCCUGAAUAUGACUACCUGUUUAAACUUCUUCUGAUUGGUGACUCUGGAGUCGGAAAGUCAUGUCUGCUGCUACGCUUUGCGGAUGACACCUACACUGAGAGCUACAUCUCCACCAUCGGAGUUGACUUCAAGAUCAGGACCAUCGACCUGGACGGGAAGACAGUGAAACUACAGAUUUGGGACACAGCAGGUCAGGAGAGGUUUCGAACCAUCACCUCCAGCUAUUACAGAGGAGCUCAUGGCAUCAUAAUUGUGUAUGACGUCACUGAGCAGGAGUCCUUUAACAAUGUGAGGCAGUGGCUGGAUGAGAUCGAUCGCUAUGCCUGUGAAAAUAUCUCCAGGCUGCUGGUGGGAAACAAGUCUGACCUCGUUAGUAAGAAAGUGGUGGACGUUGCCACUGCUCAGGACCUGGCCUCGUCUCUUAAAAUCCCCUUCCUGGAGACGAGUGCUAAGAGCUCUGACAAUGUGGAGAGGGCUUUUCUUACCAUGGCCUCUGAGAUCCACAAGCGCCUGGCCAGCGAUGGAGGGGGCGAGUUGACACAGGUCAAGGCUCAGAAUGCCAAGAUCAACAGUGCCCCUCUGUGGCUGGGAGGGGACAAACAGACACAGGAGGCCAGUGACUGCUGCUGAAACAACCCACACUGAUCUGACAACCAUGAUUUGACUGUUCAAACGAGAGAGAAACGCACCUGCCUGUCUAGUGUCAGGGAUGUGUGACUGUGCUUUUUGGACACACACUAUCUAAAUUUUGACGUUUGCUGCUGA